GUGGAAACCGGAGCGCAGCCGCUGUGUCCACUGACCUGGAUCGAGCGGAGCGGAGCAGGCUCUGGAUCGCGCUCAGCUGUGGAGAGGAAGCACGGCAGCUCAGGGUGGAGAUGGAGUCGGGACCGGGAGGCCGUGGCUGCCCGUCACUGCUGCUCCUGCCGCCGCCGAGCUGCAGGAAGAGCACCGGCCUCCUGUGAUCGCAUCCUCCGCAGCUGCACCGGGACCGCUGGGGACCCGGACCCCGGAGCACCAGGCUGACUGAGCACCUCUACAUGGACCCGCAGGGCGCAGGGUAGGGGGGCGGCAGGGGCCUCCGGGAGAGACCAGGGCUUCGCAACUCAAGUGUAACUCCACUAAGGCUCAUGGAUUUGAAGAGAGUGUUGUCCUUCCCACCAUACCCUGGGGAUUACCUGCAUCCAGUGGUGUAUGCCUGCACUGCAGUCAUGCUGCUCUGUCUGCUUGUCUCCAUUAUGACCUAUAUCGUCCACCAUAGUGUGAUCCGCAUCAGCAGAAAUGGCUGGCACAUACUCCUCAACUUCCUCUUUCACACGGGACUAACGUUUGGAGUUUUUGCCGUUGGCAUCAAUCAGAUCAACCUGCCUUUUGUGUGUCAGAUUGUUGGCAUUGUGCUCCACUAUGCUUCUUUGUCUACCAUGCUGUGGCUGACAUUUACAGCUAGGAACAUCUGUAAAGAUGUGUGUAAAGACCCACUUCGGGCUCAGAACAGGAAUGGGCCGGCCAAGACUCGCAGCAAACCAACCGUCUUCAGAUUUUAUCUUGUCAGUGAUGGAAUCCCUCUCAUAAUUGUUGGAGUUACAGCAGCAUUCAGUAUGGAUAACUAUGGCAGCAGGGAUGGUGCUUUGUAUUGUUGGAUGGCAUGGGAACCAAGCCUGGGAAGUUUCUAUGCCCCCAUGUCUCUUCUGGUCUUGGUCAUGUCUGUGUACUUCCUGUGCACCUACAUCCAGCUCAAACGCCAUCCGGAGAGGAGGUACGAGCUGCGAGUUCUGAGUGAGGAGCAGCAGCAGUUAUCAUCCAGUGAGUCAAACCAUCACUGCCACAUAGAUACUGGUGGAGCUUCCGGCCUUGCUGUGGACUGUCCACCAUUUGCUACAGGUGUUUCAGUGCUGGCCAAUGAGCACUCGUUUAAAUCUCAACUCCGAGCCACAGCCUUCACCCUUUUUCUGUUCCUGGCUACCUGGGCUUUAGGGGGAUUGGCUGUAUCAAUGGGACAUUUCCUGGAUAUGAUAUUCAGCUGCCUGUAUGGGGCUUUUUGUGUCACCCUUGGACUCUUUCUUCUCAUACAGCACUGUGCCAAACGUGAUGACGUGUGGCACCGCUGGUGGGCUUGUUGCCCAUCCAAGUCCAAGACAGAGAAUAGGAAUGGGGGAGGACAGAGCCAGAGGCAGGGGCUCCAUCAGCCCCACUGCCACCUAAACUCCCCCUGCUCGGGCAAGCAGCUCUCCCCUCACCUUAUGCAAAGUUCUUACCACAAAAUGUCACCACCUCCCCAGAUCCCCUCACCCAACCACACAGGUCCAUGCUGCGUGGCUGUGAUGAGUCCCGUUACCAUAGCCUCACUCUCACCUCUCACUGAGCCAAUGCCUUCACCACGUCCCCAGUCCCUCCUUGAUGACCUGCCUCGUCCCGUUCUGCCCCUUCAGAGCUGCCUUAUCGAUAGAACAAAGUCAUGCUCAUUCAACCGCCCACGUCCAUGCCUCCAGGACUACCGUUCUCACAUGACUUCCACCAGUAUGGAUGACAGUGUCCACAGCUCCCACCUAGAGAGCCCUGCACAUCACCUUGAAGGCGCGCCACUGGUUUCCAACAGCCCACACCCAGAUAUCCAGCUUCCCUGCCCCAGCCCUCACUUGGAUAAACAGCUGCUUUCCUGCCACAGCUUGCAACGCCAGACCUCCUGCCAUAGUGUACAAGACUCAAUGACUUCCUGCCACAACCACCCACACAACAUGCAAGACAGCAUGAGUUCCUGUCACAGCCUCCUCCUGCCUUCUCAUGGUGUCCACGCCUGUCAGUGGCGCAUGUACAACUCAGCUGAUCAUUCUUCCACCACAAGCUGCUGUGAAAAGCCUGAUCCUUUCACCUUGCAGUAUCAGCAAGACCCCGACGCUUACAGCUGUAUGCCAAAGACAGCAGACAAAGAAAAGGAUAAACUCUGUGUAGAGGUGGAGCAGAAAGGUUUCCCAAGGAAUACACUGCCUCGGCAGCAUGCCACCAUCAGCCUACGAGGCACCAUUGCCCGUAACAGGAGCCUGCAGGAAGACAGCCUGUUUGGUUCAGACGUCACGAGGAACAUACGGACUGGCCCUUGGAAGAAUGAAACCACCGUAUAGUUUUCUUACACUUGUACAUGUCAGAGCCCUCAGCAGCCAUCGAGUCAAACUACUCCCUCAGUGUUAAGUGAGUGUCACUGCCUUCAGCUUUGCCCUUAAACUACAGGUUGAAUUUUCAGCGAGGCCUCAUAUCCUGUUGAUAUUUCAGAACCCUUUAUGACAAACUUUGUGUGUUAUAAGUCAGUUUUAUAAGGAAUAUUCAAACAUGAGAAACAAAAAGAAUUAACAAUGAAUAUAUUUUAUGCUCCAUGCAGUUUAAAGUUGCAGUCAGUAUUUUACAGCUUGUUUUAGGGGAAAAGCUUAGUUAGCAAUGUCUGUUAAUGGGAUCAGUUCAUCUCAGUUGCUAGGGAAUGCUUUGGACCUGUGAAGAUCUUUACUUCUUUCACUGCCCUUGUUGACUUUAAAUAAAUAUUCUCUCAAGUCUUCAACGAUUCAUACACCCCUUUGCAAGCAAGUGGGAAAAUAUGAAGCUUCCAUCAUCUUUCAAAUGCUGCACAUAUACUUGUAUACAUGUGGGUUUUUUUCGAGGAGAGGUCUUCACGUGUUUGGACCCAAUCCAAAGAAAAAGGGAUCCCACCCAAGAGUGACCCAAGGACAGUGAGAGCUGAUCCGAAUGGACCAUGAGAUAAUUAGACCUGAUUUAGAAAAUGGUCAGUAUUAUGCAAAGAGGAAGUAUCACUGAUUGCACCUUUAAAUACUUGGAUAGAUCUGUUUUAAAGGGGUAAUAUCAAAUUAUUUACGUUUAAAAACGAUCUAUAAUGCUCUUCCUUAUUGUAUUAUAUUUAGUGUAACAGUGUUGGAUGUCCAUAUUAAAUGUGGCCAAUGUAUCAGUGAGGUAAGGAUGUGUUACAGUAAUCCCUGUGAGACAAAAUCUGAAGUGAAAAACUGCUCUGAAUGCUUAGUUUUUCCUUUUUUGUGAAGAGCAGACAUCUGUCAGUCACACCAUCUGCACUAACCACAGCUCAUUCUGCCUUUGUUUAGCCCAUAAAAUGUGUGGAAUAUCAGAGAGACCAGAUGGACGUCCAAAUUGAAUUGGAAAAGGUGGAGGCUGUACUUUGAGGCAGUGGAAGUAUUUCCCUGAGAUGAAACAUGUAAAAGACAUUAGCAAGGUGUGUCUUCAUCUGUGAGUACGUGAGGGAGUCAUCUGCAGCUCCUCUGGAUGCAUGACAUUGCCACUAUCUUGUCAAAGUGUUUUUGUCAUCCGGUGUCACUGCUAUAGUAACGUGGAUGUCAGUCACUGAGCCGGAAUAAUCCGCGUGUCAGAUAAAUGGAUUGGUGAAGCACCCCCUGUGGACACAAUCUCACUUCAACUUCUAGACCUCAGCAAACUUCUUGUAUUUAUCUGGAGGAUUAAAUCAAAUCUGAUCAUUUCCAGCAGCACAAACAGUCAAUGGCAGAUUGAAGAAAUUGAACAGUCUGUUAGUCUCUGUCAUCAGGAAUAGUAAAAAACAAACCACCUGGAGAGCAUUGAAGGCCAGCAUGCAUGUUUCAUUGCAUCAGGUUAAUUUCCCAAGUCAGGUUUUUCCCAAAUCAUGAACAAAUGUUUCCCUGAAUCAACAUUUCCAUGAGAUCUUUUAGAUAAUAGGGAUGAUUGUGCAGUUUGCUAUCAUAUGAUCAAGUGAAUGCACAGUGAAAGCAGUAUGUUCCAGUGUUAUGCCAAAUUCUGCCCGCCUGCAGAGGCUAGUAAAAACUAUAUGGAUUAUUGACAGGCCACCAGCAAGGUGAGAGAGAAAGAGAGAGUCGGGCAAAGAGCACUGCACACAGCUCUACAAUGAAGAAAUAUUUUGUGUCAUUAUGAUAAGUGUUAACAGUUUUUGUAUGAUUAUAAAUUAAUUAUGGUGGCUGCCAAAGUCAGAAUCCCCAAGGUCUAUCUGACUGCAUCCAGAAGCAUUUUGGUCUGUGAUGUGUUGAUAACACCUCUUGGAAAUCGAAAAUGAACUGAGAGGUUCCAGAACCAUUUGCAAAAGCAAAUUGGCCUCACAAUGCCAUACUAGGAAAUGAGCAUAAUAGGUCCCAUUUUAAACAGUGAAAAAUUGACUAAGAUUAUAACAGUUAUAAACAGUUUUGAUGUUUUGUCAAAGACGUCUAUGAAUUGUGUAGAUGUGUAGUUGUGUAUUAAAUGUAUUCAUGUUAACAUCUGCACUGUAAGAGAGUUGAAACCUGGGUGUGAUUGGACUGUCCGAGUCCUGGAACAUGGUACAGAGAGUACCAUGUUCUUUUUUUUUAAAGUUCCAUCAGCCCACUGAUGCAUUGGACCACUGGGAUUUGUCCCAGUAGGCUGUGUCCUAUGGUCAGUCUGAUAAUGGCACAGCGGAAGGGGGGGGUAGGGAGUAGAGAUCAGAGAUUGCAUUGUCCUGCUUCUUACAACAGGGGUGGACACUCCAACCUUCUGGUAACAUGCUGCCCAUCACUGGUAUGGAGUAUGAAUUUGACUGGUGGCCAGUUUUCCUACAUUGCCCCUUUAAAAAGAUCUAUAUUUGUUAAUGUUAUGUUUCUGAUGCCAACAGACACAAUAUAAUUCUGAAUAUGAUUGACACAUGUGAAAACCGAUUUGAAUCCGUGUGAGCAUGUGUGUUUUUGUGUGUGCAGUGCAUGAGUAGGUACAUACAGAUGUGGUGUGUUUGUGCUGUAUAUAUUUGUUAUUAUUGAUCCACCUUGCUGACUUUUACAUUGACAAAUAUAUUGAUAAAGAUUCAUUUAUGAAGUGUAUGUACAUUUUCUAUGGAGACACUUUGUGUAUGCUGCCAAAAAGACUCUUGUCUGAUAAAAUAUUGCACUAGUAUGUAAUAUAGUCACCUUCACUUGGUGAGAUAACAAGUCAAAAGAAAAGUGCAAUGUGCUACACAGCACAAACUUUGUACAGUGCCAAAUUAUGUGCCAGUUUUCACUGUGAUGAAAAGCUCCACACAGCCCACUCUUAACAUUGUAGCAUCAUAUAAACUUGAACUCAGGUUUCAGAAGAUCAUCAGCAACCCCCUCAAGUUGUUCCACAAACUUGAAUACAUUUUCUCCAGAGAGGUGUUUCAGAGGUGUUGAGCCUCGAUCACAUAAAUAAUGAUCAUUUGGGGUUUUCAUUAAAUAGUUUAAAGUGGCGAUAGACAAGUGAUUUGCUUUGAAUUAUCAUCAUGAAGUAAAUGUUGAUAGCACAAUGUAAUGGCUGUAGAACAAUGACACCAUUAGCAUUUAGAUAUGUUCCCCAUAAACCUCACUUUCACUAUGCAAUUCUCGGCUGAAAUUUCGCUGCAAAACUGAAUGCUUGAUCUACUCGUGCAAAAAGGAAGUACGUCUCCCAUUGCUCAACCAAAACAGGAAGAGGAUGUCACUUAUAUAUUAACAAAAGCUGCCUGCUUGUUAAUGCAGCUGGGUGGUUUACUCCGCCUUUAUCAUAGCAAUCUUGUAAGUGGAGAUAAUCAUAACAUUUCUGUCUGUGGAUAUUUAUAUGAACAAGUAUUUACAAUCAAGGUCUCGCCAGUGCGGUUCUUGUCAUUUUCAGUUUGCAUGUUCUCCUCGUGUCGAACUAAAUUGCAGUAAAUCAUAUUAUUGAAUCACAACACUUGAAGAAUUGUAAUACGUAAAACUAAUAAUACACAUUGAAUAUUUACACAAGUAUCCUGAUAGUCUCCAAUUGGGAGAUAAGUGUUUCCUGUCAGCCCUUAUAUAAGAAUUAAUAGACCCACGCUUUUUCACCUCACACCCUCCACCCCAGUGCCAACCCCUGCUCUAGUUACAUGUAUUUGCAUGAAGCAAUGAAGUACUUUUACUCUAUACAAAACCAUGCUUUUUUCUUCAUCUUUCCAAACUAGCGUUGAUUGUUUUGUCUCUGUGUUGUUGGUAGUUGCUCCGUUCUUUGGAAAAAAGCUAGUGCACAAACACUUGUGUGUGGAUGGGUUGUCUAUUGCCACUUUAAUAAGUCUAAGUGAAGCAAAUAUGUAAACUACAGCCAGCAGAGGUGAUGAACCUAGCUUAGCAUAGACACUGGAAACAGGAAAACAAAGCAGUUGUUAAACCAGACAUGAAUAUAGAGAAUCACAUGAGCUCAGAUCUGUCUUUAUAAAACAGCUUCAUCCUGUGGAGUUCAUUCUUGAUUGCCGAAAUACUCUCACAAAAUAAAGUGAAGUCCUAUUUAGUUUUCAUAAGGCCGUCAUUGGCAGGUGAUCAGUGACUUUAGGUUGCUUCGGCUGUCAUGGGUUUACCUCAUGUGAUCACCAUGGAGCUAACUUCAUCAAAUCCCUGAUAUGUAUGGUAUCAUAUUUGUUUCAUAUCCGAGCACAGAAUGAGACAUUUCAGCAUAUAGAGAUAAUAAAUUAGAUUAUAAUCAUAUUAAUAUAAUAUAAAUAUAUAUUUAUAUAUGUAGAUAUAUUACGGCUCACUGAAGAUUUAAGUGUGUGUGCUUUUUUUCUCGAAUUCAAAUACAAUUUUUUGCCUGAAAAUAAUUUCUCUAUGAUAUACUUUUUUUUUGCAAAAAACUAAAAACGUCCCCUUGCAGGCACAGGUGUGAGACACAGUACAUCAAUGUACAAUGUUUAUUUCAUCGAGCUUGAUCCUUGAGAUUUUGAGAUUUGGGGUUUUUAGGCUUAACUUAAUUCAGACUCGCCACAUUAAAAGAUGCUCUUCUGAACCUUCUUAUUGAAACACCUCUCUGGUUCAUGGUAUUUAGCAACAUAUUUUGAAUUUCACUCAGUUAAACUCAUCCUUACAUUUUAUUCUACAUUUAGGCCAUAAUUAGGCCUUCAAAGGGACACUGUUAAAUUCAAAGAGGGAUGUCACCCUGUCAUAUAUUGUAGAUUAAACACAGAUGUUCACUUUUAUGUCAACAUAUCCCAGUUUGAUGUAUCACAGGCGUGAUCGUCAAACGACACUAACCUUCAGCCUGACGUUGAUGACUGUGUACAUGUGAUGUGUUGUUGUGUCCCAGUGUUGCGACAGCUUUAAACCCAGGGACAGGGAUUACCUGUCAGCGUUCAACCGAUACUGAAGGAUACUGUCCAAGCAUGAAACCAUUUUAAUGUGGCAUUUUUUUUAUUUCUCACGUCUAUUGUGGAUUUUCAACAAUGUAAAGAAACAAGUGGACACCUUGUGGGACAAAGGGAGUGCCAAUAUGAGCACUGUGUGUUGUCUGCACUCGAAAUAAAGAUUUACUGUGA